AGAUAAACCUCUGUUGGAAACCUGUGCUUACGAUACGAUAGCCAGUUGCGACGCAGCUGCUACAAACCGCCAACUAGCUGCAGUUCCCACUCCAACAAGCUGAAAGUGGAACCGGCAUUACAAGGAAGUUGGGAACUGAUGGGUGCCAACGAGACUUGAAAUCAUGUUUAGCAGACCAACAAGUUCCAAGAGGCUGAGUAAGAUAUCGGGCAAAAGUGAAAUAACCGAAAAUCAGCCGGUACUUCCUCCGAGACGACCAAAGCCAUCUACAUUGAACAACACUGGAGGCGAGUAUCAAUCCCCCGUGCCAGCGAAGGUGGGAACACCAAAGAACGCUGUUAGCGAUGCUCCACCCCAACUUCCGUCGAAACCGGAAGCACUGAAGGACGCUCAAGACGAAACUCCACCUGUGCAACUGCGAACAGGCCUCACGGCGACAGCCUCCAUGAGACUCCAGCCUCAGCAGAGACUGCAGUUGGCUCGCCAUGUCACCAUAUCCAGCAGCUCUGGAGGCGAUCUCAAGAAGGGUGUGCUCGAUGCCCUCCGGUGUCCCAUCUGCAAUCAGUACAUGGUGCCGCCCAUCUUCAUGUGCGCCAGUGGCCACAGCAUUUGUGACACAUGUAAGGCCAAGUGCCAAGAUGUGUGCCCUUCCUGUGGUGAACGCAUCGAGACAACUCGCAACCUGGCCCUGGAGCGUCUGGCGGAGUCUUCCUCGUCGCUGUACCCGUGUGGCCACUGGGAAAGGGGCUGCCGACAGCAGCUGCCGUCCAAACAGCUGCGCCGCCACGAGGCUGGUUGCAUCUUCCGGCCACUACUCUGCCCUCUAGCAUGUGGCUGGCACGGCCGUCGCGACCACCUGUUGUCCCAUGCAAAAUGCGCACACCCUAACCGCUACUCUGCUGUCGUGGACACUAGUGUGCCCCACAUCCAGUGGGACCUACCGCUGAAAGCGUCCUUUCACGAUUACCGCCACGCCGUCUUUGCCUUCGGUGAGUCCUUCGCCUACGUGAAGCACUUCAAUGAGGAGAAGCGCAAGAUGUAUCUGGCUGUGCAGCUCCUGGGUGAUCCUGCCAACACUUCGAGUUUCAGGUACAAGUUCGAGAUGACCAAGGAGAAAGGAGGCUGUUAUGAAUCCAUGUCUCGUACGCGCUCUGUGCACUCCUGCGACGAGGACCUCGACACUGUACUUGAGUCGAACGCCUGCAUCACUAUAGACUUCGAAACAUUAGUCUAUUAUGGGAAUGGACCACGUACCUUCAUGAUAUUCAAGGUGCAACAGGAGGACGCCAGCAAUAGCAAACUACUCGUGAAUUAAUUCUCACAGUGAUCACUCUGUCUUGUGGGGCAUCUCAAACUCCUAUUGCAACAGUUUGCAGCACUAACUAUAAACCACAGUAACUGGAUAACUACUAUACAAAACAUAUCAAAUUUCACAUAAUUUUUGAGGAGUUAUGCAAUGUAAUAUCUUUUAGCAACCUGACACAACAACCAAAUAUCCAAGCUGGACAUGGGAGAUAUGUGUAACAUAGAAUACAAAGGGGAUCAGAGUGCAGUGCUGAUGUCUGUUGUAACUUUUCGUGUUGUACAGUAGUUGAAUG